GGCCAUUUAUAGCUAGUGUAGGUCAUGUGAGGGGUGGAGUAUAAAGAGAGGCUCUGUAGUGAGAGAAGCUCAAAGGAUCUGUUGUAGCAGCUAUACUGACAAUGAAGUGUUUGGCUGUAUUCCUCGUGUUGAUUGGACUCUCCCUGGCCAUGCCAGUUGAGAGAACAAAUCAACUAUCAAAGGCAGAGGCUAUUUUGGACCUAUGUUGCAAGUACCCGAGCUUACGGCCAUUGCUGUGCAGUAGCAGCUUCAUCUGCUCCACUAAAAAUCCAACAAGACAAACUACAAUUAUAGCAAAAACAGAAAAAAUUUCUCCACCAACACAAAUAUCCCCUUUCGUUAAAGUUCAAGACUCGUCAGGAUUGCUCAGUAGUGUCCCCUCGAUACGGCGACUAGCUACUGGCCUCAUCAGCAAUCUUGCUAACUACGUGAACCAGACUAAGACUGACGUGACUCUAGCUGAUAUACUCAACACACUUCGUAAAGGCAGCAAAAAUUUCGACUCCCUACUGGAGAAAUUGAUGCCUUCUGUUUUGCAACGUAUUAAAGAUUUUAUGGCGGGAUCUUCGGAGAGUGAGAAAAGUGUGCCAAACGAAAUGUCAACUACCAUAACAACCAGCACACCCCCUACAACACGACUACCCAUAGCAACCGGCCCACCUCCUACAAAAACACCCCCAUUAAUUAUUAAUAAUAUAUUGAACAACCUACCAGCGGCUAUCAGACGAAAAUUAGCAGACCUAGUAAGAGGGAUAAUCAAUAAAGGGUCUCCUCCACAGAGCCAGGGUAUUGCAGGCCACACCAUCCCACUGUCUAGCUACGCUGGACUAAGUCGCUGUUUUUCCCAAGGUCUAAUGGAAGAGGAUCUAAUGCGGUGCCUGACAUUUAACCGUGCUAAUAAACUAACCUCUUACACACAAGAAGCUAUCUAUGAAACUGCUCCAUCAGUGGUGGAAGACAAACAGGAUAUUGCUAAGACUCAAGCUGAGGAAGAAUUGCUAGAAGAGCUGGAGGAAGCACUCAAUAACUAACCUACUGCUGUGUAUGUAGUGUGCUAUACUAUAUAGAUUGUGUGUGCUGUACAAUAUGUAAUUAGUAUCAUGAUUGUGUGUGCACUGACUGUAUUAGGUCUUGUCUAUAAUAGAGCAUCUUCGUCUACAUGA